CUUUAAAUUGGAGAUAGUCUCAAUGGUGCUGCCCAUGCUGUCACAGACCCUAUAAUUGCACAGAUACAAACAUUGGUCUUCUAUCUAUCUCUAUGUGUCAAACACACUUACGGCGCCGCCGCAACCGUUUCUGGGAGGAGAAUGAUUUCGAUGAGAGCUGCAAUUCAAUCCCAGGAACGUUGCAAUGCCUUGUUUCACUGAUGAGGUUUGGGUAUAGGCACCGUGUGAGUGUCAUUGGUAAUCGCAACAGAGGAGGAUAAGAUUCGCUAAUAAUAAACUUUAUCGCGGGUAGAACGAAGGACAUUAUUUAUCAUCCAGUCUACUAGCUAGCUGAAGAUUUCGGCUUGAUGUUUACUGGAGAGAGAGUGGAAGUGGACAUCAUGGGCACGACAUUAACAUCCAACGUGUUGAAGUAAAGUGGACCCACGAGACUGCUUAAAACCCAUCCCCAGCCAUGGCAGGCUUCAAGCGAGGGUAUGAUGGCAAGAUUGCAGGGCUUUAUGACCUGGACAAGACGCUGGGCCGGGGCCACUUCGCCGUGGUCAAACUGGCGCGCCACGUCUUCACGGGGGAGAAGGUGGCGGUCAAGGUCAUAGACAAGACCAAGUUGGACACGGUUGCCACGGGUCACCUGUUCCAGGAAGUGCGUUGUAUGAAGCUGGUGCAGCACCCCAACAUUGUCCGGCUCUACGAGGUCAUUGACACGCAGACCAAGCUCUACUUGAUCCUGGAGCUGGGCGACGGAGGAGACAUGUUCGAUUACAUCAUGAAGCACGAGGAGGGCCUCAGUGAGGAGCUGGCCAAGAAGUACUUUGCCCAGAUCGUCCAUGCCAUCUCCUACUGCCACCGGCUGCAUGUGGUGCACCGUGACCUCAAGCCGGAGAACGUGGUGUUCUUUGAGAAGCAGGGAGUGGUGAAGCUCACUGACUUUGGCUUCAGCAACAAGUUUCAGCCAGGGAAGAAGCUCACCACCAGCUGUGGCUCGCUGGCUUACUCUGCCCCAGAGAUCCUGCUGGGAGAUGAGUACGAUGCUCCGGCCGUAGAUAUCUGGAGUCUUGGUGUGAUCCUGUUCAUGCUGGUGUGUGGACAGCCCCCCUUCCAGGAGGCCAACGACAGUGAGACCCUCACCAUGAUCAUGGACUGUAAAUACACUGUACCCACCCACGUCUCCAACGCCUGCAAAGAUCUGGUAGGCCGGAUGCUGCAGCGGGACCCAAAGGGACGUGCGUCUCUGGAGGAGAUAGAGAGCCAUGCCUGGCUGCAGGGCGUGGACCCGUCCCCAGCCACCAAGUUCAACACCCCCCUGGUGUCUCAUAAGAGCCUGUCUGAGGAUGAGCACAACGGGAUCAUACAGCGCAUGGUGCUGGGGGACAUCGCAGACCGAGAGCCCAUAGUAGAAGCCCUGGAGACCAACAAGUACAACCACAUCACUGCCACCUACUUCCUGCUGGCUGAGAGGAUCCUGAGAGAGAAACAGGAGAAGGAGGUCCAGACACGCUCCUCCAGCCCCAGCAACAUCAAGGCCCAGUUCAGGCAGUCCUGGCCGACGAAGAUUGACAUGCAUCAGGACAUCGAGGACAGUCUGGCAGCCUCCUCCAUCUGCCACGCUGGUGGUCCCCAGUCCCCCGCCCGCAGCGCUGAGAACCUUCUCAACGGACACCGCACCAAAGGCCUGCUGGAGCUCCGCCGGGACGAGAGCAACGCAGGGGCCUCCGGUGCCCCUGCCCCCGUUUCUGGGCCCCCUAGAGCUGGGGCCACGGCCCCCACACCCUCCACCUCCUCAGCCAAGCAGCACAGCUGCCUGUUCAGGGUGGAGGAGGAUGAAGAGGAGGAAGAGGACCCGUCCCCUCUGUCCACCCAAGUGAUCCUGCGUCGCAAGGCUCCAUCUAUCACCAACCGGCUGACCUCCAGGAAGAGCGCCCCGGUCCUCAACCAGAUCUUUGAGGAGGAGGGUGAGUCAGACGACGACUUCGAUAUGGACGAGGGGCUGCCACCCAAACUCAGCCGGCUAAAGAUGAACAUCGCAGCGGCCGGGUCGCCGGGCACCACUCAGAAACGCUAUCACCGCCGCAAGAGCCAAGGCCGUGGCUCGUCCUGCUCCAGCUCAGAGACCAGCGACGACGACUCCGAGAGCCACCGCCGGCGUCUGGACAAGGACACAGGCUUCACCUACAGCUGGAACCGCAGGGACAGCAGUGAGGGCCCACCUGGAAACUCAGGGGGAAAUGGUGGAGGGAGCAGUGGAGGGCAGAGUAAACCCCCCGGGGAGGGGGGAAGCUCAGGACCAGACAGGGGCAGUCCUCCUGGAGGGGGAGGUGGGGGGAGUAGUGACAAUGGAGGGAGUGGUGGUAGUGGGGGAGGUGGUGGUAAGGGACAGGGUUCCCCCUCAAGUUGUUCUAACGGCAGCAGUAACCACUCGUCUUCAGGCUCAGGGUCCACGCGGAGACACUGUGCCUCCCGCAGCCCCGGGGCAGCAGAGCUGGUGGAGAGCCUGAAGCUCCUGAGCCUGUGUCUCAGCUCCCAGUUACAGCACAGGGGGAGAAGUGGAGGCCCCGGCCUGGCAGGGGGGAUGGGCCAGUUCAUCAUAGACCCUCAGAACCUGUCCAAUAGUCUGUCCAGUAGCCUGUCAGCUGGCAGCGUCAAGACACAGGAGAGGUCCUCUUGGAAGAUGUGCAUCGGCUCCAACGGCAGCUUGGACCUGGAGUUAGACACCAUCGCUCUGCCCACCACCGCUGUCAACAGUCCAAGGACAUACACAGACCAAACGGCAGCAGCACUUAGCGAACUGGCCCUGGCCACCAAGGAGAAUAACAAGCUGAACAAGCUGAAAAAUAAUGUUCUCCAGCUACCUCUGUGUGAAAAGAGCAUCUCUGUGAACAUCCAGCGCAGCCCUAGAGAAGGGCUCCUGUGUACCUCUCAGGCCAGCUGCUGCCAGGUCAUAUGACACACACUCCCUGGCGCCCUCUGACACCACUCUGCCAGUCCAAUCUGUCCAACCACAGUCACCGCUGUAGCAUACGUCUGACCUCAGAACACCUCACCAUCAAAACCUGCCUUCUGCUGUUGUCUUAAAAGAUGACACUUUUUAUUGUUUUUGUUUGUUCACUAGGACCUAUGAGCUGCAUGCUGCAGGGAAUUCUUUUGUUUCUGCUACAUCACUAGCUCCCCCGGGAAUGAGGUAACACAACUAAACUCAAUUCUAAGGUGAGUUGGGGUGUUGAUGAGCUGAGGUAACAGAACUUGAACUAAAUUGUAAGGUGAGUUGGGGUGUUGAUGUAAACAUAAAUAUGGAUGUGGGUUUGAUUUUCGAUUAACUAUAUUUUGGGGUACAAAAUAGCAAACUUUUAACAGUGGGUAAGUAGUAGCACGUGAUAGUAAAAGGGUAAGCACUUAAAUUCGAUUAUUGAUCUACUGUCUACUAAGUAAAGGGUAUGCUGGGAGAGAUAGAGGAGGACAAGACAGAGAUACCUGUCUUCAUACAGCUGGGAGAGAUAGAGGAGGACAAGACAGAGAUACCAGUCUUCAUACAGCUGGGAGAGAUAGAGGAGGACAAGACAGAGAUACCAGUCUUCAUAUAGCUGGGAGAGAUAGAGGAGGACAGGACAGAGAUACCAGUCUUCAUACAGCUGGGAGAGGUAGAGGAGGACAGGACAGAGAUACCAGUCUUCAUACAGCUGGGAGAGGAGAACAGGACAGAGAUACCAGUCUUCAUACAGCUGGGAGAGAUAGAGGAGGACAGGACAGAGAUAUCAGUCUUCAUACAGCUGGGAGAGGUAGAGGAGGACAGGACAGAGAUACCAGUCUUCAUACAGCUGGGAGAGGUAGAGGAGAACAGGACAGAGAUACCAGUCUUCAUACAGCUGGGAGAGAUGGAGGAGGACAGGACAGAGAUACCAGUCUUCAUACAGCUGGGAAAGAUGGAGGAGGACAGGACAGAGAUACCAGUCUUCAUACAGCUGGGAGAGAUAGAGGAGGACAGGACAGAGAUACCAGUCUUCAUACAGCUGGGAGAGAUAGAGGAGAACAAGACAGAGAUACCAGUCUUCAUACAGCUGGGAGAGAUAGAGGAGGACAGGACAGAGAUACCAGUCUUCAUACAGCUGGGAGAGAUAGAGGAGAACAAGACAGAGAUACCAGUCUUCAUACAGCUGGGAGAGAUAGAGGAGAACAGGACAGAGAUACCAGUCUUCAUACAGCUGGGAGAGAUAGAGGAGAACAAGACAGAGAUACCAGUCUUCAUACAGCUGGGAGAGGAGAACAGGACAGAGAUACCAGUCUUCAUACAGCUGGGAGAGGAGAACAGGACAGAGAUACCAGUCACCAUACAUGGUCCUGGAGGAAGGGAAGUAACCUGUAACCUUCAUGUUGAUAUAAGCUCCUGCCAUGCAGUCUUAAAACACAACGACCAACUGAGACAAACUUGGUAACUUCUAGAGAUGUUUUAAUUUGAUUCAUUGAUGAACCUCCAUUUUACAGCGACAGUGACCUACUGUCUGAAACAUUAUUUCACUUUGAUAUUGCACACAGACAAUCUGUUUUAUGUUAGUAUUUUUAAGUGUAUGGAAUUAAAGAUGCAUUUUAGAUGGCUAUACAGCUCUCACUGAAUUGAUUUUGAAGGCAACAUGAAUUAUUGUUUCCAAACCGCUGUUUAACAAGUGCUACUUCAACACAUCUGGUUUACUUUGGUGUUACUGAGAGCCAGUAACCUGGGAAAAUAAGGCUUCAGCUGCGUCUUUAUUCCAAGCUCAAUGCAGAAUACAUCAACCUAUUUGGGUCAAAUACUACUAUACUUACUAUUGUAUAGUGAAUACAGGUAGGAGCUGCAAUCUUUUAGACACUAUUCUAACAGAAAGGGUCAUUCAUCUGUAAUUAUAACUACUGCUGUUCAUUUGCAAAUUGGGCAAAACUCCUGAAAUGAUUCAAAGUUCAUGACGACGUGUCAAGCUGAAUGUAAAGUACACUGGUAGACUAGUAGUGUAUUUUCUUCCUGUGCUGGGCUUCAAGGUAGCAGGCAAGCAGACCCACACAGAUUUAAUGUGGUCCCGUUCACAUGUUGGUCAUGUCCUUGGUUGACCACCUGCCAUGUUGACGUAACAUCUUAGAAAAUGCAUUUUAAGAUCAAUAGAAGAGCAGGAGAAUUGAAAAGAAAAAUGUACUAAUUAAUUGAAAAGUGCAUUGGGUGUCUGUAUUCCAGUGGACCUGUGUGCACCCACCCACGUCUUUGCUUUGUUAGACUGUUUUACUUUCUGUUACUGUAACUGACUGGUCUUCUGACUGGCCUGGCAGGCUGGUCUUCUGACUGGCCUGGCAGGCUGGUCUUCUGACUGGCCUGGCAGGCUGGUCUUCUGACUGGCCUGGCAGGCUGGUCUUCUGACUGGCCUGGCAGGCUGGUCUUCUGACUGGCCUGGCAGGCUGGUCUUCUGACUGGCCUGGCAGGCUGGUCUUCUGACUGGCCUGGCAGGCUGGUCUUCUGACUGGCCUGGCAGGCUGGUCUUCUGACUGGCCUGGCAGGCUGGUUUGUUUGUUUUUAAAGGGUAUAUGUUGAGUAUGUAUAUAUGUUUUAAAAAGUUAUAUUUUUGAACAAUCUGCUGUUUUAAAGAUUAUUAUGUGUUGAAAUGGGCCCGUGAGUCUUUCGUUGGGGACUAACAUUGCAGUGUGUCACACACACCCCCACACCUUACUGGACACUGCAGGGUGAAGGUUUUACAUUCAGGAUUAGUGGUUCAGUAGAGCACAUGCACCUUUCAGGAGAGAUUCCUGUCUGUAAGCUUUAAAGGACUGGGCUUAGUAAAGAAGGAAAGAAAUGGGGUUGUAGGGAGAUGUGGGGAUAUAUUUUAAGGGCAUUGGCAAUAAGCUACAUGUUGCAGCUAUCUGUAAAUCAACAUAUUUUUGUUUUAUAUUUCAACCCUGUACAGCCUUAGAUUGAAAGGCACCUCGGACUAAAAACUAACAGAGAAAGAUAUCUUGAGUAUUUUUUUCUUUUUCUUUUUAAACAAAAUGUCUGUAAAUAGAGAUGUAAAUAUGGUGCUCUAUAUUUCGAGACAGCAGAGUGAACCUUUUGGUGCAUAGCUGUAAGUAUAGCCUUAUUAGUAAUGGGUGUCUCCAAGAAAAGAACAUGAUUUAUUCAUGUCUGACCGUUGUCUUACCCAGAUGGAAACAGGUGAAUGACAUGUGCAUGUGUUAUAUGUUUAACAUUAUCCAUCCAAGGACAUCGAGAGCGGAAGAACCAUCCACUGAAUGUUACUGGACCAAACCAUGUACUGGCUAAAAGAAAAUGAAAAUAUGAAAUGGCAGAAUUAUUAAAUGUAUUAUUCUGUAGUUGAUAACUGUUGUCAAAAGUUACAUAUAGCUAUGGUAAUAUCCAAAAUAAAAUGUUGUGGAAAAUGA